GUCCCACUCUGCCCCCUUGCUCACUCCUUUCUUGGGACUCACGCUCCAGCCCCGCACUUACAGCCCGCGCUCCGUGGCAAUAGCCGGCGCGGCCCCCCGGCACCCUCGCUCCCCACUCCCCAGCCGGGCGCUCCGCACUGGGCAUGCCCCAGCUAAGUUGCUAUAUAAAGCCCGCCUGCCUUCAUCUCUAGACGUCGCCAGCCUCCUCAUUCCUGCUGCCAGCCAGACGCUGCUGCCCGGGGCUUCUUUGCUGGCAGGAUGCUGGCUCUGGAUCAGAUCAAUGCGGAUCAGCCCCUGAUCCUGAAGGAGCUGGACUGGGCUGAGCAGGAGCUCCUGCCAUCGCUCAGCCCCCCGUGUCCCUCCUGGCGCCAGGAUGUGUCUCUGGACUGCAAGUUCUCUCCGGAGGACACCCAGGCACACGCCUGGACCACCUACUACUACGACCUGCUGCAAUGCACCCUGCAGCAGGAGGGGCUGCCGGAGACAGUCGACCGCACCAAGGAGCCCAGAACAGGGUUCAGCUCAGGGGAUGUAACCAUCUGCAUCCUGGGAUCCCCGACCUCGUACCUGUCUGUGCUGCUGGAGGGCAGCUCCCAGUGCCCCGGUAACAUGCUGCUGUGCCUGUCGCCCAGCUGGCUGGCCAAGGUGCCCUCUGAGCAGCACCCCGGCGAGUCGUCCUUGCUGGUUUCCAAGGCUGUCUCCUUCGAGCUGGGUGGGUGCACAUGCCUGGACGAGUUCUCGCCCCCGCGCCGUGUCACCUACUUCAUGGGCUCCUUUGGCCCAUGCAAGGAGCACGGGCAGUCAGCAGGGGAGCUGGCGCGCGACCUGGAUUGCCCCACGGGUGGCUCGGGGGAGCUGGCCCGCCUGCUGGAGGACAAGCUGCUGACACGCCAGCUGCUGGACCAGCGGGCCAAAGUGGAGGUGCCACCCACGCUGGCCUUCACCUUCAAGCGGCUGCGCCCACUGCGGGACGUCACCACUGAGCGCUCUGUCUGCAUGGUGGAGCUCAGCGGCAAGGAGGGCCAGGAGAACCUCAUCCAGGAGGAGAUCGAGGCCUUCCUGCAGGGUAGCGCCAUGGCGCCCUAUAGCCAGGUGGUGGUGAAGCCAUCAGGCUGGCGCUGGAGUGGGGCCCAUGCUGUGACCUUCCAUGCCAAGGUGGAGCAGGCAGCUGUGCUCCAAGCUGUGCUGGCACUGCUGGAGACCCUGGAGGAGGAGGAGAGCGCCCUGCUGGAGGCCUUCAUCCCCACUGCCCGCCUCACCCAGCCCGAAUCCCCCAACAGCACCUCCCCAAGCAGCACAUCUCCGAGGCCUGACCUGGCGAUCCGGAUCUGCACUGUCGUCUGCAGAUCCUGGGGUGACCAGCCUCUGCUGAGCCAGGUGGUGUGCGGCGGGGGACGGUCUGAUAAGCCCCUGAAGCACCAGGCCAUGGUGCCCCAGAGCCUGGAGAGCGGCCUGCGGCAGCAGGGGAUGACAGAUGAGGCCCAGCUUGCGGCCAUCCGUGCCCAGGUCAAGCACAAGGCCGAGGCUGCCAUGGCGGCCUUCCUGGAGAUGGAGGCGGGGCUGUCGGUGGAGCAGCGGGGCGGGCGACAGGCCCAGACUGAUGUGAUUGGUGUGGAUUUCCUCCUGACCUCGUCGGAGCAGGUGCUGCAGCUGAUGGCUCUGGAGAUGAAUUCACAGCUGUGCCUGGAGACCUGCGCAUUCUUCGAGUCCAUGGGUCAGGCAGUGGGGAUGCCGGCAGGCAAGUCCUCACGUCCUCUGGUGGAGACGAUGCUGCGGCGUACACAGUGUCACCUCAUGGAGGGCAAGCACGUGCUGGUGAUCGGGGCCGGAGGAGUCAGCAAAAAGUUCGUCUGGGAGGCGGCCAGGGCCUACGGGCUAAAAAUUCACCUGGUGGAGUCGGACCCCAACCACUUUGCCUCGCAGCUGGUGCAGACCUUCAUCCACUAUGACACCACAGAGCACAAGCGGGACGAGGAGCAUGCCCAGCGGCUGGUGGCACUGGUGCGGGAGCGGGGCCUGCACCUGGAUGGCUGCCUCUCCUACUGGGAUGACUGCAUGGUGCUGACAGCCCUGGUGUGUGAACAGCUGGGCCUGCGCUGCAGCCCAGUGGCCGCCAUGCGGGUGGCCAAGCAGAAGAGCCGCACCCACCAACACCUGCUGCGCCGGCGCAAGGAAGCCCCGCUUGGCUGGGCCUCAGAGGCGCUCUAUGCCGUUCCCUGCUGCCACCUGGAGAACCACACUGACGUGGAGCGGGCUGCCCGCCAUCUCUCCUUCCCUGGCGUCAUGAAGCUAGAGUACGGGGCAGGCGCAGUGGGGGUCAAGCUGGUGGAGGACGUGCAGCAGUGCCACCUGCACUUCGAGAAGAUCUCACGAGACUUGCGGGAGGAUGCAGAUCACCCAGGCAUCGGGCUGGGCUGGGGCAACGCCAUGCUGCUGAUGGAGUAUGUCUCCGGUACUGAGCACGACGUGGACAUUGUGAUCUAUGAUGGGCGCAUGCUGGCUGCCUUCGUCUCCGACAACGGCCCCACCCGCGUGCCCCACUUCACUGAGACGGCGGCCAGCAUGCCCACCUGCCUGGCACCUGACCGCGAGGCCCAGCUGGUGCGCGCUGCCUACCAGUGCUGCUUGGGCUGCGGCCUGGCCAACGGCAUCUUCAAUGUGGAGCUCAAGUUGACAGCAUCUGGGCCCAAGCUCAUCGAGAUCAACCCCCGCAUGGGCGGCUUUUACCUGCGCGACUGGAUCCAGGAGAUCUAUGGGGUGGACAUCAUGCUUGCCUCGGUCAUGGUGGCCUGUGGGGUGCCCCCGCUGCUGCCCGCCCACGCCCAGCCGCGCACCCACAUGGUCGGUGUCAUGUGUGUGGUGUCACAGCACCUGAAGGCCCUCAAGUCCACAGCCAGUGUGGAGACAUUGCAGGCCCUACAUGAGCGUGGCAUCAUCCGCCUCAACCUGCUGGAGGAUGAGCUUGUUGCCCGUGAAUACGAAGAGCCCUACUGCAACGUGGCCUGUGCCAGCCCCAGCCGCCGCGAGGCCUGCCUCAAGCUGCUGAGUGUCUGCCAGGUGCUGGGUAUUGACUCGCCCCACUAUCCUGUCACCUACUUCCUCUCUCACUUCAAAUAGCACCGAGGGAGCCCCCGGGGAGGGGGCCACCCCACUGCCUCUGUCCUGUUCCCCCCCAUUCUCCCUAGGGCCUGCUGGACUCAGAGCCGGUCCUGGAGGAGCCCCUGGCCUCCCCCUCCCUGGUGUGUCUCCACCAGCUGGGGCACCGGUGCUUGCAUUACGUGGUUCCUCUGUAUCCCAGUGUUAUGGUUAUUUUUUCCCCACAGUUGGCCCUUUACCCCCUAGGAGGGGGCCCUUGGUGUCAGCUCUGGUAAGAGCCACGCCCACCUAUGUGUGUGUGACAUGGGAUUGCACCAGUAUGGCAUCUGUUCUGCUCCCUCUGGGGCUCCUCCAGCUCCCUUCCCCACCCCCAGCUGCCCUGUCCUGAUCCUCUAGUUUCCCUCCCUCAGCUGACCUAUCCUGUCCCUGGAGAGGUCCCCCACCCUCUCUGCAGACUCCUUGACCACUUCUUCCCCAAUGAGAUCCUCCAGUUGACUCCCGCAAACAAGCCCACCAGCCCUGGGAAAGGCUGUAUGUUGCGGACCCCAAUCUCCUGGGCACGAGCUCAGUUCUGGAGUGUCUGUUCAGCCAUGGGGGGAGGGGAAGGACUGAGGGGCUGGAGCCUCCAGGAGUGGAGACUUAAGGCUACAAGUGGCCCUCCAAUAACUAACAACUUUAUACAUGUUCCCUGCUCCCACCUCAUGCUUCUCAGUCAUCCUACCUUAGCAAAUCACUGUAUGCUACCUCCUCACCGUGCUUGUCAGCAACCCUACGAUAACAAACCACUGUUCACUACCCCCCGCUUGCCAGCAACCCUACAAUAACAAACUACUGUAAUCAACCCCUCUGGUCCUCAACCCUACUGAUAGCAAACCACCGUAUGCAACCUGCCCACGAGCUCAUCAGCAACCCACCAGCUAACAACAAACCACCACAUGCAACCCCUCCCAUGCUUCUCAGCAACCCUGCAAUAACAAACAAUUGUGGGCCAAGUCCUAGCACGGACCCUGCGAUAACAUGUGCCCUAUGCAAACUCCUCAUUAGGAAACCUACAAACCCACUGAACCUGAGACACUGAACUCACCCCCUUGAGCCUGAAGCCCCAGCACUUGAAGAGCCUGCACUAAUGACGGAACCCUAGCCAUGCUAACAAGCAAUAACAGGGCUCCAGAGCAGCCCUAUGCUAACUAACUAGCAAGCGUGGCCCCCAGGAAGGACAAAGACCUUACACUAACAAAGCAGGCCCAACCCCCCAGCAGUUUUGAGGGCUGUGGAUAUACAGCCCCAGUGCUUCUGAGUGACCCUACAAUAACAAACCAGCGUGUGGAGCCCCAGUGCUUCUGAGUGACCCUACAAUAACAAACCAGCGUGUGGAGCCCCAGUGCCUCUGAGUGACCCUACAAUAACAAACAAGCAUGUGGCGCCCCAGUGCCCCUAUAAUAACAAACCGGAGUGUGGAGCCCCAGUGCCUCUGAGUGACCCUACAAUAACAAACCAGCAUGUGGAGCCCCAGUGCCCCUACAAUAACAAACCAGCAUGUGGAGCCCCAGUGCCCCUACAAUAACAAACCAGCAUGUGG